UAUGGUUGAUGCGUUCCAGUGCGAUUGCUGGUCAGCAUUGUGCACUGCAGAUGUGCACACCGACGACGAUGGGAGAAGUGUGCGCACAUUAGAGCAGUGAUGCGUCUCCUUUCGAGCGCAUCUUUGGUGCCUGUCCACGGUGCUUACUGACUGUCUACAGAUCGAAAGAUCUUCAUUGCCAUCACCAUGGCAACAAUGCCCCUGCAAGAACAAGAGGGUCCCGCCGACCGGCGAGAGCGGCCGAUGCAACGUGACGUGGACGCUAGCCUCGAUUCCGCUGCGCUUGACCAAAAAGCCCCCCGAGCGGAACCAGAAGAGGACACUGAAGUGGUUCAGGGAUGCGGCGAUCGAGGCCAAACUGAAGAGACGAUGACAGAAUGGGUACGAGCUCGCCAUCAUCCCAAAUCUCACGAGGAACCGGAUGAGUUCAACAAGCUGCUUGGUCAAGGUGCUUUCCUAAGACCUCCGCCGAAUGAGGAUUUCUCCAUCUUGGAGGUGGAGGUGUCAGAGUGGCCCAGUGAUGACGACAUCAACUCCCCUGAAUGUCACCAGAAUGUUCACCACCUGUCACGAUGUGAUGAUAGUUCUCCGGCAUCAGACUUUUCUCUGGGGGCAACUGAAGGUAUUACUCAUCAACUUCCACUUGAUGUUUGUUCACCUCCUUUUCCUGAUGAGGAGGAGGAAACAAACAAGUCCUGCUCACCAUGCUCACACCCCACAGACCCAACCUCAGAUGUGAUUUCAUUAGACAGCCAGCAGGCGGAGCUACUAGCCCAAGGCCAACAUGAGCUCGCCCCCAAGGGAGCAAAGCCGGAAGCUGCUCAACAGGUGAUCGGCCAGAACUCUGCACCUUUGUCUGGCGUUGCCAUGGAGCCACCCAAUCGGGGCGGGGCAGCUUUCAAAGGCUCCGUCUGUGUUGUCACAGUGAGAGAAAGGCAAGCAGACAGGGAAGGGGAAAGGACAGAAGGAGCAAGCGAAACAGGAGAGCAGAAUCACGGUGGACCUGGAGGGGACGAGGUAGUUCGACGAAAGCAAGGUGAAGGACUGGUGAGAUCUUCCGAAUUCAUCCAAAUACAGGAAGGGAAGAGAGAAAAUAAGGACAGCGCUGAGUGUCCUAAGCCCGUCAGAAUGGAGAACGACUCAAGCGAGGACAGCCAAAGCGACAGUGGAUUAUCAGCGGACUUCUCCCCACGCAGCACUUCGGACGUCCCCGCGGCCUCCCAAGAAACUCUACCCAAAGAGACGCCCAUUGAGAGGGAGAUCAGGCGGGCCAUCGAGCGAGAACACAGUCUGAGAAAGUCCAGGGGGCUUCCGAAGGCAUCCGCAGAGUACGUCGAGAUCCCCCUGAUGAAAACCAUUCUCAACCAGACAGUCGCUGCCAAGUCGGAGAAAUUCCAUGGCAUAGACCGCGAGCUGGCCGGUAAAAUGAUGCUGCACGAGAUCCACGAGGAGGUCGGCCGAGAACAAGAUCUGGUCAAGCUGGGGAAGGUUCCCGGUUUCUACGAUAAGGGGACGGUUCGGAAACUGAAAGAGAAGAAACAGCUUUUUGAAGCGUUUCAAACCCACCGCAGUGAGUCAUCUUUGAGCGUGUCCAGUGGGAGCAGCAGCAGUUCCAGCUCCAGUUCGGAGAGCCGGGAUGAGACCUCGUCACAGGCGUCCACUGUGAGAAGCUCGGAGAGGAGACCGAGUACAGAACCUCUGAGAGGUGCUUCCGCGUCUUCAACUCCCAGAGGACCGGGCUUGUCUGAGGGAUUGUCCUGCCGGGUCCUCAUUGUGGAGAAGGACCCGAGUGCCCCGGCACAGAAGCACCACCGCACCGGUGCAGAGGUAGACGGCCUCGUCGGACUUGAUCUAGAAGCUUCUUAUGUCCUCCCAUCCUUUUCGGGAGGGCACACUUUAGACCUGGAGGCAGAGGAGAUGUCGCCUAAGGAGAACCCCUUCUUCAAGCUGCGUUCCCUCACAAAUAGCGUUAAAGUGGAGCAGGAUAUCCGGGAGGGGCAAGAGAGGGAGAAGGAGCUCCGCAAGCAGAGGAUCAACCUGUAUGGUGGUGCGACAGGGGGAGGUGGCGGCAGGCCAGUCGGCGUGGAUGGAAGAAGCUUCCGAGCGUCUGGUCUGGAUUCUUCUAGCUCUUUCUCCAGCGGAGGUAGCAGGCACUCAGCAGCCCGUCAAUCUGUCGGAAAGCUCAGCGCGUGGCCCCCGGGCCAGGACCCUGGAGACGCGGCGGACCAGCCGAAGGCGGCGCAGGCCUCCCGCAGCUCGAGACAAGACCCCCCUGGUGCGCCGGUGGGAGUCGGGCCUGGUCAACGGACACAAGCUGCAAGAGCAGUGAUGAGGAGAAAGUCGGAAAAGUGACGUUUUUGGGAGAGUGUCAAUGAAGAAGAGAGCGCAAGUGAGGAAGAGGUCAAGAUUGACGUCAGACGGGAGGGGAAAUGACUGCAACUGACUGAACUUGCAACACACGUUAAUCUGAAAAACAGUUGUUCUCUUCUAAUUAUCAGUAAUCAUAGAAGUAAAAACAAUCGUGCUCAUGUUUUUAUGAUGUCUCACUUUAUGACGUCCAGUAGAAAGAUCUAUGCAAUAAAUAUCAGCUUCAAGUGCUUAUGCCAACUAGUUUUUAACCUCUUCCAUAUUUGUGUUCAUUUUAGAUCCGCACGCAUCGGCUUUAUGAUGAUAUCGUUCCGUGUUGAUGAUUACUAUUACGGUUGCUGUAGCGCACUGCAUCAUGCUGACAGCUGUUUCUAAUAUUUUGUCCUCCUGCUACUACUGUUGAGCUCGUCGGUGCAUGUGUACCUAAUGUUGUACCCAAUUCA